CAGUGAAUAACCCAGUCACAGAGUGCGAACACAUACAUUUAUUCGAAUGCAGACGACAUCGUACAAAUUAAGUAGUUAUUUAUGUCUGUAUGUGGAGAUCUACUAAAUAUUGGUUUGGUAUACACAGCCAGCUUCGUGGUAGUAAUUAAACCUUGUUAAAAGGCCUACCGUGCGUCAAAAAUUGUUUUGAACCUCCAGUGCCAGUGAAUUCGUGCGUGUAUAGAAGGAAAAUUAUCUCUGACUGAAAAGUUUUCGCGUCUUGCAGGAGAGGGAAUUUAUAUUCAGGAAUCUACAUCUGUUUUCAUUUUCAAGCCAUUGAAAAGGUCCUACAAUGAAUCGACGUGGAAAGACAAAGGAAGGUUUUCUACAUGUGAAGCAACCAUCGCGCUUUGGAAAGGCAUGGAAGCGGAAAUGGGUUGUGAUUCGACCAAACGCCACCAAGGGCUCGGAGCAAGCCUCCAUCCUCCUGGAGCUGUACCUGGAGAAAGGAGCCGUCAACAAGACAGUGACCAGUCUCCUGCUCGAAGGCAUCACCCACAUCAAGAGGGUCAUCUCCAAGAGCCAGCCCAGGGCCUUCGAGUUCGUCAAGGGGUCCGUCGUUGCCCUGACUCUGGCUGGUGACAGCGAGACCGAAACGCAGGAAUGGAUCGAGAUCUUCAGGAAACUGUUGUUGCCUGCGUCCCAGACAAAGGAACUCACGACCCUCCAAGAAUGUGGCACAGAUGUGAUCCGUGUCACCGUAGUGCCCAACAAGGAUUCCGAACGGCUGAAUCUAUCCGGGACAUACCUCGCCGGUGUGGCCCGUCUUACAGUAGCCCUACACAACGUCCUUACUGGGGAGAAGGUCAUUGAGUGGGAUCUGAGACACAUGAAGAGGUUCAUGCUGCCCAGCAAAGGACCACCGCAAGACCUGGAAAAGAUCGCCUGUCUGCAGAUCAGCAAUCGGAGUCCGCAAGGCGAAGGCGAGUACCUGUUUCACAGUCCGAACGCCAAACCGCUCGUAGAAGCCAUCUGCGAGCGCCUCAACAAAGCCAUCAUCACGGUCAAGGAGCGUCGGUCAAGAACAUCGUCCAUGCUAUUCGAGAUCCCUCCUAAGGAGCUGGAGCAGUUAGCCAAGGCUAUCCAGGAGGGAGGCGAUCCCGGGUUCGUCAUGGUGAGCGCGGAAGGCAGCCUCGAAGACGAGGCGUUCGAGGAGGAGGGCGAGAAGAAGGAAAACGGUGAAGCCAAGACGAACGGAGAUGCAGAAGUAAAGACGAAUGGAGAGAACAAGGAUAACCAUGUCGAUGAGUCGACCGCGGAGGAGACUAAAUUGGACAAUGGAGAGAGCACCGUGGAAAAGAUAGAGAAUGGGCAAAGUGAAGAAGUGAAGACUGGUGUAGAGGGUGCCGCCAAGGAAAUUGCUUCAGAUGAAAAUUCCACUAAUGGAGGCGCGACGGAAGCCGUCCAGGAGAACGGGCUACCAGCAAAUGUCGACAACGAUUCACCAAAAGGUGACGCUGAUGAAACUCCUGAAGCAGAGAAUACCGCAAGAGUCGAGGGUGACGAUGGUGUUGCUGUUUCAAAAGAGUCUACAGACAAUGUCGUUGAAGAAGUCGCUCAAAGUGAAAAACCUAGCGACGAGCUAAGUGAAACUGUAGAGGAUACAAAGGACAAAGAGAAUGAACAACCCGUUGAAAGUCCACCCGUCAAUGAUGUCAGCGCUGAGGAUUCAACAAGCGCAGCACCGAAAGAGACACAGGACUUUGCCGCCGGACCUAUUGAUGCAGAAGAUGAGACCGUUGAGCUCGCAGAGGGCGCGACGGAGGUUCAACCGCGUAUGCCUCCAGGUUUUGAAGAACCUCAACAAGAAAGUGAGGCAACGGAAUCUAAAGAUGCGACCGAGCAAAUGGAUGAAAGAACAGUCGAGACAGGAGAUAGUGUAGUAUGUUCCUCUGAGCAAAAUGGUGAAGAGGUAGAAGUAGAGCUAGAAAACAAGUCAUCGACAGAGGAUAGUAAUCAAGUAGAAAUUAGCACGGACACUCAAGACAUUGAAACAGAAAGUGACGCCGUUGAUGAAUCAAGUGCAGCAGGUGAACAAUCUGUCACAAACUCAGAGGAUACCCAGCAAGAAGUAGUUGCUACAGAGGACACGAAACCGAGUGAGGUAUGCAGUCCAGAGUCUCCAAAACAAGCCGACGAGUCAACUGAGGAAGUUUCUGUCACGGCCGAACCCGUGCAGUCCGAUUCAGGCGAAGCAGGGGAAACACCAGCUACUGAAGAAACGUCCGCAACUGAGAACGAGAAGACACAAGACCAGGCUGAGAAGGUACCAGAUGUAGAAAGUAGUUCUGCAGAGCAGACUCCCGACGAACCGUCCGAACAAGUCGACGACAUACCUGAUAACAAGACACCCGCGCAGUCCGAUUCCGGCGAAGCAGGGGAAACACCAGCCACUGAAGAGGCAUCGGCAACUGAGAACGAGAAGACACAAGACCAGGCUGAGAAGGUACCAGAUGUAGAAAGCAGUUCUGCAGAGCAGACUCCCGACGUUCCCUCCGAAAAAAUCGACGACGUACCUGAAAACAAGACACCCGCGCAGUCCAAUUCAGGCGAAGCAGGGGAAACACCAGCUACUGAAGAAACAUCGGCAACUGAGAUCGAGACACAAGACCAGACUGAGAAGGUACCAGAUGUAGAAAGCAGUUCUGCAGAGCAGACUCCCGACGGUAAUUCCGAACAAGUCGACGACGUACCUGAAAACAAGAUACCGACAUCCGAUGAAGUAGCGCAAGAUGACAAACCUGUGACAUCGAGCGAAUCCGUGGAACCCGUGGAACCCGUGGAACCCGUGGAACCCGUGGAACCCGCCAUUGUAGAAGAAAGAAAGCUUUCUGCUCCGAGUGAGUCCGUGAAUCUCGUGGGAUACGUGGAACCCGUCAUUGUAGAUGAACGAAUCCAGAGCCAAGAGAAAAGUGAAGAGUCCAAUGAUAAAAAUGGUGGCGAAGAGGACACUGCAAUGUAAAGAAUUGUACUUCCAAAUACAUUGUAAGACUCCAGCCCAUUUGAUUGGGUUUGCAGACGUGUGACGGCUUCAAAUGAAAGCAUACAAAUUAUAAUUAAACCUGUAUCGCGGGAAAUCGUCUCUAUCGCCUAUAUCUCGUCACUGAAAGAGCAAUGAGAGGAUGGUUAAACAAAAUAAUAAGGAUGUGUAUUUGCUCCAUUUUAUUGAUACCUUGAAAGCAUUUAAAUUUGAAGAUCGGACGAUUAAUUAACAUUCACAGUCAGCUUAACUGAGAUCUGACAAAGAAGCAACAGAAAUUGAAUCAUAGCCAUGACCUUAUUUCGAUACUAUGUUGUUGUCACAAUCUGAAACGUAUCUCUACAAGAAACGUUGCAAAGGCACCUUUCUUUCAGACAGAAAAUAAUGAAUGAUUGGAACUUAAGAGCCGUAUGUUGCGAAAGAUUAAGUGUAUGGUAUUUAUUACUUUAUUAUAAAUUGAUAUUGUGGCCAUUGGCUAAUGUUUGAAUAUUGUUGAUAAAGCUUUAGGAGCUGUAACGCUUCUAUCCAUUUUAAUUACAUCAUAAGGACAACUGUAUCGGUAUAUAUUACAUGAGAGGGGGGAGAUUUCCAAGUCAACUGAGUCAGAAAGUGAGAUUUCUAUCAACGGAUGAGGGGUUGGUGACAUGGAGGAAAGACACGAACUGCUGCGAUUCUAAGAAUAACUGUCGUCUUAUAGGUGUUAAAACCUUCACGGAUAUUGCUCCUAUGAAUGUUCCGCUAAUGCGCAGGAAAGGCGCAAUUUGUGAAAUGAAUUACAUCAUAGAGAUUGAUCAUAUCCUAAUUAAUUGCCAGAGAGAGAGAGAGGGGAUGAGUGUGAAGUUUCACGCGACAGACUGAAUUAAGCCACGAGGCCUCAUUCAAAUUUGCUUUAAAGGAGAGUUAAUUUGUUUGAAUCAUGAAUGGUUUACGAGUUAUGUGAUAUUCUAUCGUUUGUACAUUCUUUCGUAUGGAAUUCGUAACGACUUGUAAUGGUUUAGGACAUGGGUUUCGCAUUUGUACAAUAAAUGAGAAUUGCAUUUCAAGAAUGUUUCUCGACCCACCGUGUAAUCAAUAAUGGAGGAUUUGAGAUAAGCUGUUACGUUUGCAGCACUUCUGAUUCGUAUAUAUUCGGAAAAUAUAUUCACACAAGCCUUGUAAUAAAAAAA